AUGAUCAACAAGCAGACUAACAGGUUAACCAUUACCCACCUUAGGCCAAAGCGCACCACAAGGCGUAUUUUCACCUGUUCUGGCGUAUUUUCAUCUUGUUCAUUUUCAUAUCUACUCUUUUCAUCUUUUCUUUUCGUAUUUUCUCCUUUAUUUUCUUCUUUUUUAUUUGUACCUUUUACUUUUUAUUUGAAAGUUUUCUCACUUAUUUUCAUCUUUUCUCUCUUAUUUUCAAGUUUCUUUUUUAAUUUUCAUCUUUUGUCUUUUAUCUUCAUCUUUUGUCUUUUAUUUUCGUCUCUUUUCUUUUAUUUACAGCUUUUCCCGCUUAUUUUCCACUUUUCCCGCUUAUUUUCCACUUUUCCCGCUUAUUUUCCACUUUUCCCGCUUAUUUUCCUCUUUUCCCGCUUAUUUUCAAAUUUCCUUCUUUUUUAUCUUUUUCAUUUUAUUUUUAUCUUAUUUUCUUUUUUCGCUUUUAUUUUCAUCUUUUAUUUUCAUCUUUUAUUUUCAUCUUUUUUCCUGUUACUUACAUCUUUUCUCUCUUUUUUCUUUUUCGUUUUUAUUUUCAUCUUUUUCUUUUUAUUUACAUCUUUUCUCUCUUUUUUCUUUUUCGCUUUUAUUUUCAUCUUUUGUCUUUUAUUUUCAUCUUUUUAUUUACAUCUUUUCACUCUUAUGUUCCUUUUUCUCUUUUAUUUCCAACUUUUCCUUCUUAUUUUCCUCUUUUCUUUUUUUAUUUUCAUCUUUCACUUUUAUUUUUCUCUUUUAUUUUCAUCUUUUUUCUUUUAUUUCCAUUCCCUCCCCCGCACAAAUUUCUUUCCAUUUUCCACUUUUAUUUUCAUCUUUCCUCGCUUCUUUCCAUAUUUUUCUCUUUUAUUUUCAACUUUUCUUGGUUACUUCGCAUACCUUCAAACUUUUCUUCCUUUUUCUCUCUUAUAUUCAUCUUCAUAA